AUGUUGGCUACUACUAUUCUAUUCCCUUCAAGCUAUUCGGAGGCUAGUUCAUCAUCGGCAGCGUCCAUGCUCAAGAGGAAUAACAAUUUUGUGAGAGUGAUUGAAAAGUACAAGUAUUUGCAAAAGUCAUUGCAAUUAUCGGGAAUGAAAAAGAAGGAUGAGAUGGAAUUUUCAAGUGAUUCUAAUCAACGGAAAACAUCCAUCUAUGAAGAUAUUUCAAAUGUCUUUGAUACAAUCUAUCAAAAUAUUUCAUCUUAUGAAUACGGAAUAGUAGUGGUUAUUAAUAAGCAGGGAAAUGUUUUAUUCUCAAAAUCAUAUGGAACAAAAGAACCUUAUGGCUCAUCAUCUAAAAACAGCAGCUAUUUGGAUGAUAUAUUUGCAAUUUCGGAAGUUUCUUCGUCGUUUACUGCCACCGCAAUGCUACAUUUAAGAGAGAGAGGAAUUUUAGGUGAUAACUUUGACAAGUUAGACGCAAAUCUCUAUCUGCCAGAUAGUUUGAAGUUCAAGCCGGAAAUUAUUGGUAAUUAUGGCUCAGUGCUGGGUCACCCUGUAAUAUCAUCAAAUGACACUGUCACAAUCGGAUCGUUAUUGACUCACACAACUGGUCUUGACAGUAGGUUGGUUGGAUCAUGCUCAAGAUCAAAAGUUCACGAAGCAGAAGAGAGAUCAUCUGAGUUUUUGCUGAAUUAUUUGCAAAGUAUGCGUGUUCCUCGAAUAAGAAAAUAUGACUUUGUUUCUUCAUUCUCUCAUAUUGGAUAUUCAAUACUGGGUCUCAUUUUGGAAAAAGCAACCGGAGAGAAAUUUCAUGAAUAUGUGACAAAGCAUAUUUUGCGUCCAAUGAACACGAGUCACACAUACAUGAGAUAUUCGACGAAACAUGUUGGCGAAAAACAAAGCUUUGUAUUGCCUAUUGUACCAUCUACUAAUUUAGAAUCUCUACAAGGUUCUCCUCAAACGGUAUAUGACGUAAUUCCUAAUUACUGCUGGUAUGCUCCUGGAAUAUUUAACUCUGUAGGAAUGUAUUCUACUCCCAGAGACAUUGCAAAAUGGGUUCUUACACAUUUGAACUAUGGAGAAAUAUUCCCAUCUGAGCUAGACCCUACAGUUCAAAAACAGCGACUUUUCUCUGAAGAAACUGCUAAAAUCAUGUACUCUGAACAUUUUAGAUCACAUCCUAAUUGUUCGAUUACAACAGCAUAUGGUUGGAAUAUCGAAAAGAAGCCUGAUGUGAAAUACUUGACAAGUAGCGGUGUUUUUAUGGAGCCAUUUUAUACCAGAAUUGGAGUAUUUCAUGAACAUGACUUGGGUAUUGCAAUUUUAGCAAGAGGCAUUGAUACCAAGUGGGAACUUGGAUUUGACAUGUUUGUCGAUAAGAUUGUUGACACGAUUCCAUGCAAGGACCGAAAAUCUCCGCUUGACAAGAUUUACGUCGAUAAUGACUUGGGAAUGUGUGUAUUUGCAUUGGAAAUUAAGUCACUUCCUAAAUUUUCUGAUGAUUUUAAUUAUAUUGCCAAGUACAGUGGUUGCUAUGUAAUGCACGAGUACGAACACACGACUUGGUUAAAAUUUAAGAAGGAAUUCUUAAAGAAAAUUUGUGUCUCUGUUGAAGAUAAUCACUUGUACAUUUCAACAGGAAAUAGUGAUAUUGAAUUUAUUGCGUUGGAAAUGCCAGGAAGAACCUUGCAAAAUGAUCCUCUCUUUAUUACAGGAAUCAAGGAUGGAGAUUAUGUAAUUAUUGCAGAUGGUUUCUCAGAUAUUUCUUUUGAAUUUAUUGAAGGUCAAGAUGAAGCAGCAUACAUGACUCUGAGUAGUGUGCCAUUUGAACGUGCAACACCUGUCAAUUUUUAUUCAUUACUUCUCAUGUUAGGGUUCUCCUUCCUUAUUUGUUUUUCAUUUUCGUUUUUACACUUAUCUUUUUGCAUUUACACAUUUAGAGAACAUACUGCCAUGCAAAAGAAGAGGAAAGCUUCAAUUUUAAUUAAUAGAGUUGCCUCUUUGCAGAGACCAUUGGCACCACUUUCAAGCACUAAUUCACAACAAUCCGUGCAGGAUGCAGACGUUAUUGGAAUUGAUGAAGAGGGAAGAAAACUUUUAUAUUCUUAUGAAGAUGAUGAAGAAGCCAUGUCAAAUAAUUCUCUUACAGGAACAUCUCAAUCGACUCGAAUUUAUAGAUUUAUUCAAGUCAAGACCGUCAUUGACGGCAUUGCCAUCUUUUUAAUGACUUGCACCUCUCUCAAUAAUGUCAUUGCACUCAUUGGAAUUGUCAUGAAUUAUUCAUUAUUCAAUCAGACAAAACUAUUUAGCCAGAAUGAAUAUGGAAUCAAAUUCUUCCUCUUCGAGUGCCAAUUAGGUGUCUUGUUUGAUGCUGCUUCCAUAUUGGCACUCAUUGCAAUGUUCAUUGUUCAGUUAAUUCAUCCAAAAGGAAAGAGUCGACGAGUGUGGUUAUGGGUGGUUAUGUACAUUAUUUCAACCUUUAUUCACUUGAUAUGGCUGGCAUUUUGUCUCUAUUUUAACUGGUUUGGCACAGAGUAUACAACUGUGUGA